CUCAAAUUAGCUUAUUUCCAAAAACCUAUCACGCUAAUUCGACAAUUAAUCAAAAUAGAAGGGGCUUAGAGGAUUGAGAGAAAGACUUACCGUCAAACGAAGAGGAACCUUGAAAGAGCAGGAAAUGAAACCCGGUUCGACUCGGUUGACUCGGAUUCCUCUGAGACUAAAAUUCUCGUAGAAGCUUUUCCCUUCACCUAAAAAUUCUUCAACUCGCGGUGCCUCACCGUCGUCAACCACCUCAUCGCUCAAUUGCAGAUACUCCAUAAUUUUCUCCAUCAUCGUCUUUCUAAUUUCUUUCAAUUCUUAUUUUAUUUUUAUUUUUUGGAUAAAUAAAUAAAUUACUCAAUUCAUAUUUCAGAUACUUUAUGGGCCUUAAAGGCCCCAUUUUAGCAAAUCGUUACGCCGUCGUUCUCUGUACUAUAAAUACGAGCAUUUUUUUCAACUAUCAAAUUCAUUCUCACUUUCAGUUAGAUAAUUCGUUGCUGCUAACGUCACACUCACACGGCGAUGGCUUCUAUCUCUGAAACUUCCGACGACGGCUCUAACGGCGGCGAUCCAAACCAGAAACCCGAAGAACCUCACAAGAACCCGCAAGAAGGUAAAGAAGAAGAGAAUCAAAACGAGAAACCGAAAGAAGACGAUCAUCAAGAAGAAGAAGUAGAGAAUGUUCCUCAGAUUCCUCCACAAAUGCCACUAGAACUAAUCGUAAGCACCAUCGCGACUCUCCGGAGAUGUCAUUACCCGACGCUAUCUCUCCUCUCUGACUCCUUUCGUCAAGUAAUCUCUUCGGUGGAUCUCUUCCAAACUCGCUCGCUCAUCGGCUCGACGGAACCGGUUCUUUAUACCUUGAUCACGUUCACGUCCCCAAAUUUUGAAGAACCAAGAUGGUUUAUUCUCCAACGGAGAAACAAUACCUCUUUACAAUUGAGCUUAGUCACAUCUCUUCCUCCCAUGUUUCCUGGAUGCACUACCGUCACAAUCGGACACAAGAUUUACGUUAUGGGUGGACUCAGAAGCUUGAAUCGACGCGCAAAGACUGUGUUUGUCAUCGACUGCAGAUUCCAUACGUGGCGCUAUCUCCAGGAGAUGCAAGUGGCUCGUUCCUACGCAGCUUCUGCAGUGAUUGACGGAAUGAUUUACGUGGUGGGAGGUUCCACUAAACGAAGUGAUGAUUGGGUCGAAGUGUUCAAUGUAGAGACUAAUACUUGGGAAAAUGUGCCUAGUGUAUUAUCCCCCUAUGGUCGUUCGAAAGCACCGUUUAAUGUUCAUUUCGUUUUGGAUAAUAAGAUUUACAUUUUGGAUGGUAACAAUCGUGUGGCUUACGAUCUAAGAGGACGUAGAUGGGAAGAUUGGGGACCUGCAGGAAAUCAAUUGGGGUAUUUCUGGCAGGUGUUGUAUUGUGUGGUUGAUAAUUUGUUGUAUGCCGUUGUUCCGGAUCACCUUCAUGUAACUCCCAUUGUCGUGUAUGAUCCAAGAGAAAUGGGUUGGAGACCUGUCAUGGGUGUUGAUUACUUGCCUAACCUCGUUUAUAGUGAGUCUAGAAUGACGAAUUUUGGUGGGAAGUUGAUGAUUUUGGGAUGUUAUCAAAGCCAGGCUAGGUUUGAUUAUUACGGGGAAGUAAAUGUUUGGUGCGUAGAGGUGGCGUUGGAGAGACGUGAAGAUGGUGAAAUUUGGGGGAAGGUCCAAUCACUCUCGCUUGUGAAUAAAUUCCGCAAGUCGCCUGUCUUUGUGCUUUCUCGAACUGUUACGGUUUGAUGAUUCGUUUGCAGUUGCAAGGUGAAGGAUCUUUUCUUACACCUUAUUGAUAUGAAGCAAAAGUGGUGCAGAAGCUCUAUAUCUGACAACUUAUGGAGUAACUCGUCUUUCUUUACCUUUGUGCAAAAAUGUGAAUACUCUUAAAAGAAUUAGCCUUGUGUAGAGUUGGCCACUCUUUUAGCUUUUCGAUACAAAAGUUCUUAUGAGACUUGUUGAAAUGCAUCUUUAGUCUUUUGGGGUUUUUGCAGAAACAUGGUCUCAACUUCUUCCUGUUUGCUUUUAGAUAUAUAACUCUUGUG